UGUUACACUUCAAACCCUACUCUUCUACUACUCACUCUCUCACUCAAAGCUCUAUUACUCCUCCGUCCUCCUCUCUUCCCUUCGCCGGAGAGGGAGAAGAGGCUGAGACCUUCCCCUUCCUUCCGGAGUCGGAAACCCACCCCCGCAUGCCCUUCUCCUCACUGUUCAGUUUUUCCGGCCAUGGACGCGAAUGAGGCUACCAGCAUAGUCCUCUCGAAGAUCAAGGGCAUCGACCCCGACAACGCCACCAAGAUCAUGGGCUACCUCCUCAUUCAGGACCUGAGCGAGAAGGACUUGAUUCGGAUCGCCUUGGGCCCUGAAACCAUGCUGCACAGCCUCAUUAUCAAGGCCAAGUCUCAGCUGGGACUAAUGUCGAGCAACUCGCCCGCGCCCUCCACCCCGCCUUCCCCCUCCCCUCUUCUCGGCUCCAUGUCACGCCCUUCCAACCCCGGUGGCGGUAACGCCCAUUUCAUGCCCAUCUCCUCCCCCAGGCUCGCCCAAAGGAGCGAUUUUGAGCUGGGUAUGAGCCCAAGAAACCCUAUUUGGAGCGGACCCAUCAGCCCCAGCACCAGCCCCUCGCUUCCCUUCGGCAGCAGCUCCUCAUUCUACUCGGGGAACAGCAGCGGCAGCGCCGGCGGGUCCAGGGACUUCGUUGAUGAGCAGCAGAUGUCCGAUUUCUUCCCCUUCCUCAACGACACGGGGAACAGCUCCUCUUCCGAGUCCCACCUUCACAGGAGGAGCUUCUCGGAGAGCGACGCCUGCUUCGGGUCUGAAGACGGGCCCUUCUGCGGCGGAGCUCACAGGCCGUGCCAUUACUUCGCUAGGGGAUUCUGCAAGAACGGGAGCGGCUGCAAGUUCGUCCACUCGGACGAUUUUGAGGGUUCCAUGUCGGCCCUUUCGGGCUCCCCGAGCAGCUUUGAUGCAGCCGAGCAGAUGAUGAGACUGAAACUCGCCCAUCAGCAGAGAUUGGCUUCUGCCGCUGCCGCUGCUACCCAAUUUGCGCCUGGUUCUUCCCCAAUUUCGCAAAGCAAAUACAUGAAUUUUCUCCUGCAGCAACACGGUGAUCCACAUAGGUUGGGGAUGAUGAUAGGGGAUGAAAUUUACAAGUAUGGCCGAUACCAACAAGACCGGAACGAUUAUAUGGUGAUGGGAAUGGCAGACAAGUUGAAUUCCGCUUCGAGACAAAUUUACUUGACCUUCCCAGCAGACAGCACUUUCAAGGAUGAAGACGUUUCGGAGUAUUUUAGCACUUAUGGGCCAGUUCAAGAUGUUAGGAUUCCUUAUCAGCAGAAGCGAAUGUUUGGGUUCGUCACUUUUGUCUACCCAGAGACUGUGAAGAUGAUCCUGAACAAAGGGAACCCUCAUUUCAUCUGUAAUUCUCGUGUGCUGGUUAAGCCCUACAAGGAGAAAGGAAAAGUGCCAGAAAAGAGGCAACUGCACCAUCAACAACAAUUUGAGAGGGGGGAUUUCUCUCCAUCUUCAAAUUCGUCAAUGCUGGAUUCCGGGGAGCCAUUUGAUCAUCUUGGAGCUAGAUUGUUGAACAACACACAUGAGCUGAUUCUGCGGAGAAGGUUAGAGGAGCAACAGCAUGCUGAGUUCCAGCAAGCGAUCGAGCUUCAGGGAAGGAGAUUGAUGAAUCUGCAGCUUCCUGACUUGAAGAAUGACAAUAUGUACAAUCAUCAUCAUCAUCUCCGUAGCUUGUCUAUGGGGUCCAGCGCUCCAAUUUCCAUCCAUGUGCAGCAUAACCUGAAUCACCAUAAGAUUUUCCGCUCAUCUGAAGCCAUUAGCCAGGAAGGUGCAGAAGACACCAACUGUGGUAGCCCUGCUCCUGCUCCCUCUCCAGCUGCUGCAGCUUCUGAGCAGCAGCUUCAAAAGGAGACAAAUGCUGCUUGCAACCAUACCUUUGGUAGCGGUGAGCGCAAGGAUGAAUGCUCUAACCCUGAAGGGGUUGGAAAUCAAGAAACCCUAGAGCAUAUUCUUCCCGACUCUCCUUUUGCUUCACCCACAAAAUCAACUGGGAACCGCUGCUCUGAUUUCACUGAUGAGACUUGUGAGAGCUCUACUAAAGCACCAAAUGACCCUGAUAGAGAAGCCCCGCUGACCAUCAUUUCUUCUGGUGAUGGACCUCCUCAGUAAAUGUUACCUCCUAGCUUAGGUUUCUUUCUCUGUUUUGCAAUUGCAUUGAUCCAUCACAAAUGUACAUAAUAAAGAUGAGCAUGGCCAGCAGGAUUUGUCCUAUAAGGGCCUUUGGUCUCUUGGCGCUUGGAACAAUGGAAUGUCUAUUGGUUGAUUUGACCAGGAAAAAUCUUUUUGUGCCCAAUAGUUCAAGAGAGAAGUGUUCAUACAUUAUAGUAUUACAUACAUUCAAAUUUGACAGUUAGGUAUCUGCCCGUUUCAUUCUGUUUCAUGUUUUGUUUUGGUUGACUCUGCAGGUAGAAGCAGCUAAAUGGGGAGAAACAUCUACUUUAGAUGUAUAGCCGAAACUAAAAUGUGCACACUAGUUUAGAUCCGUAGAGGAUGACCCGCCAGAUGAAACGAGGUCGGUGUGACUGUGAUCGAUCGAUACAUACUGCUAACAGAAACUAUACAUACUACUACUUGUACUAGCACUACUACAUAGGCAAAAGGGGGACAUGUGAUUUUAGUGUCUCUUUCUUUUCUCUAUAUAUGCGUAGGUUCUGUUCUCCCUGUUAUCAAACUAGACUGUGUAGCUUCUCUCUGCGGGUUAAAUGUUUGGACCACAGAGAUACCAACAAGUCAUUUUGAACCUCUUUCCCUGUCGGCUUAUGAAAAAAUUUCUUUUGGAAUUCA